CCCACCAUUCUAUCCAUGCCUCAUACAUUCUUGACGCCAUAUUCGAGCGGCAAUGCCUCGGAGCAAACAAUCCGCGCUGUUUCUCAACUCCCUCUCUCCUUUGAUAAGUCGUCCCAGUUUCUGUUGCAGUUCCAACGUCGUCAGUUCGGCAAGCAGUUUGCUUCGCUCUACCACCAUCGGUUGUCGACAUUGAGACCGCGUGUGGAGGCUCUUGCGGACGCCAAAUGGGGGCUGCAGUACGCGAAAGUUGACAAAGUGCUCGACAUCAACGACCAGGCACCGUGCUACGUUGUGGGGACUGUCUUCUGCGAUUUAAAGUACAAGCCAAACAUUCUUGACGAUGUGGCAAGCGGUACGUACGGGGCUCCACCGGUGCCUAAAGAGACAUAUAUCAAAAGCGAUGAUCGGUCGACGGACAAGAUUCUCAUGGAGGACGAGUCGGGGCGAAUCGUGUUGCAUUCCAAGGACGAGGAGUUCUUCACCAGACAUAACAUCAUGGUGACAGGCUGUGUGGCGGGAAUCUUGGGCCAGGAGGUGGAGGCGGGUGUAUUUGAGGUUUUUGACAUUGUCUAUCCGCCGCUAUCGCACCAGUUACCGCGGGCCCCGUCCAAACUUUCGGGAAAGGUGGCCUUUGUUUCAGGCUUGGGGUUCACGGAAGACGCUGCACCUGACCUCAGGUUGGAGAUUUUGAAGGGGUUUUUGAUGGGCGAGAUUGGUGAUACUGGUCUUGCUGCCAGCAUCACUCGUUUGUUUGUAGCUGGUAAUUCCAUUGACAACACCCAGCGCAACAAAAACAGACACACGGACGAGGAAGACAUGUUCGGGGCCAAGCAGGUGUCUAACUACAACACCACAUCGCUUGCAAAGAUGGACGAUUGGAUGAGCGAGUUGUUGAAUACAAUGCCGAUUCAGUUGAUGCCAGGUGAGAGUGAUCCCGUUGACAGUGUGUAUCCCCAGCAGCCGUGGCACAGGUCCUUGCUUCCAAAGUGUUUCAAGUAUGUUACGGAUGAAGGGAAUGCAUACUUCUCCCUCUUAUCAAAUCCGACCUGGAUCGAGGCCCCGCUGGUGCGCAUGCUUGGGACAUCCGGUGAAAACGUGAACGAUUUUUUCAAGUACGUGUUCCCAUUCGACUUGCUCGAUGAAAAUACCAACAGCCAGCAGUUGCGCUUGUCUAUCAUGCACCAGAAUUUGCGCUGGGCGCAUUUGGCGCCGACGUGCCCCGACACUUUAUGGUGCUAUCCAUUCGAAAAAGAGGAUCCGUUCAUCAUGGAUGAGUUGCCGCACGUGUACUUUGCAGGAAACCAGCCGCGCUUCGGUACCAUGGUGGCUGCGUUCGAAGAUGGGAAGGAAGUUAGAUUAAUCAGCAUUCCGAAGUUUUCUUCCACGGGCGAAGUGGUGGUGAUGGAUUUAGAUACCUUGGAGUGCGAGUGUAUUCAGAUCGUUGCGUAGAUACUUGGUAAUUAGAGUAUCGGUUUAGGAGGUGUCGGAAAUCGGUACAAGUUAUGGGAUGGAUGAAUAUGUAAUAUUAUCUAAUAUUGAUGAAAAUUUUUAUCUGCAAUCGAUAAUGACGAAAGGUGGAAUACGUAUUCAACUUGUGGGGUGAAUUUGAA